AUGGCACGCCAGGCCGACGUCGCCGCCGCUGCCUCUACUGGGGCAGCAGCCGCGGCCCCGUCUCCUCGCGACCGCAUCAUGGCGCACAUGAACCAAGACCACAAGCGGGAGCUCUCCCUCUACCUGCGCCAUUACGCCGGGCUCGGUCGCUCCGCCGCCACAGCGCCGUGGCUCAAGGACGUCACGCUCGAGGCCAUGACCAUCGCCGCGGGCGGGCUCGGCGGCAAGGAGUACCGAGUCGCCUUUGACCCUCCCCUCAAGUCAUGGGCCGACAUGCGCCCCGCCGUCGUCGAGAUGGCGCGCGCGUCGCGGCAGGCGCUGGGGGACAGCGACAUCACCGUCCAACACUUUGCGCCGCCGCAGGGCUUUGACGUCGUGGUGUUUGGGGCCGUCUCGUUUUACUUUGUCUGCUGGCUCACGCUUGGGUUUGUGCUGCCCGGCACGCCCAUUUGGUCCUUCCUCCACAGCGUCUUCCCCGGCGGGCCUAGGUUUUAUCGGUGGCUGGUCAAGUCCAUCUUCCUGCCCGUGUUGGGCAUUCAUCUUGCGGAAUGCUACUGGUUCCACCGGACGAGGCUCCAGAAGCACGGCAUCGAGUUCGGCACGGGUCUCUGGUGGACGUGGAUUGGGAGUCUGUUCUUCGAGGGAUUGUGCGGCUUCAGGAGGUUCGACGCCAUUGUCGUCGCCAAGAAGAAGGAGAACGCGGACAAGAGUCACUAG